UAGGAAAUGGAAUCUCAUGGAAUGAAUUCAAACAAUUUUUAUCGAACUAAGAUGUCGACUCCAAAUGCUUCGUUAUUCACAAUCCAGAACCCUCUGCAGAAUAAUCCUGCAAAGAAAAUAAAGCAAAGAGGUAAAAGUUGUGACUUAAACUCGAAACUUGUAAAGCCUAGCUCUACUAAUGAGAAUACUCAGAGAGAUGUAUCUAAAUUGUUGAUCACUGAUCUGAUAUACCCUCCCAAGAAAUAAUAACUUCAAGCAACAAAGUUUUCAGAUGAGAUCGAAAAAGGAAAUCGAGAUUCUAUCAGAAGAAUGGGACAAUUUCUCAUUCAAAAUGAACAACUUGCAAUCUAAUAAGCUAGGAAGUAACCUUAAACGAAUCAAUUUGAACAAACCAACCUUGAAAUUAAACCCUCAAUCGUCAGAGAGCACGCUUCAAGACGAGACAGUGAUGUUUAGCACAAAGAUGAUCAAGCCAAAGAUUAUCACCAAAAUUGCUAAUCAUUCUUUCUAUAGCCGAAAAUGUAAAGCUAAAAGCAAGAAGAAACCGACGACUCCUUGAAUUUUUGAUUUAUCAUUAAAUCUCCCAUCAAAGAAGAAAAUUCCUUCAAUUCCUUGAUUUGGACGAAUGACACUCCAAAAGUUCAAAAAUAAGCAAAUUAGAAUGCAAAAAGACUCAAAGGAGCAAAAAGAUCCUACGCUUUUCGUCCUAGGAUCUGGCAAGCCUCAACUAGAGCACAAACACACAAGAAAAAGACACUCUCACAAAGAUGAACCUCGAUCGGGUAAAACCAGCCCCAAGACAGCCUUCAAGUUAAGUGUCUCAAUUCCUAAUGCUCAAAAGAUACAGAAGAACACUAAGGAAGUGUCUAAAAUAACCGAACAGAUUAAUACAAAAUUUGGGAAAUUAUAACCAUCCCGAGCACCACUCAGAAGCACAUGAACCCGAAGUCAUAUUCCAGUUUCAUCAGUUUUAUUCGCAAUAAGAUAAAAGAGACUACUUGGGUGCAUAAUAAGAAACUAGCUUAUGUCAGAAGACAUAAUGUUAACGCCAGCAUUUCUAUAAACCAAUGGACGAGGCCAACGACCAAAAGGUCUGCCGCGACCCCUUCGUUUUAUAAGGACAAGCAGAGAUUCAUCUCUUCACGACGUCAUAACAAGUCAAGUGUUAGAGGAAGAGUCAAUAGAGGCUAAAAGUUGCAAUUUCUUAAGAAAUCAAG